ACUUUCUGGUAAGUUUAUCGCAAGAUGUCGGGGGAUGUUUUGCGCGACGAGCCGCUACUAUGCUCUCGGUCGAAAUGACUUGCUUAUCGUGGCGAGAUGUUGUAAAAUUCCGGCUUAAAUUUAGUUCAAAAGUAUUUUAAACGUCAGACAAGUGUUGUUUAGUGUUAUCUAAAUAUUAUCCAGUGAGUUUCGCGUUUGUAAAGUCACGAAGUAAAAACCAGUACACAAAGGAUCUCGUGCAGUGAUUGGUCUGGCAGCUUCUACGUCUCGUUGAUAAACUUUUGUCUCUUUAUCUAUUCAUUUUACUACGUUGAUUAUACCACUGCGGAAUUUCUCCAAGCCGGAAAAGUCUUAGAACAACGCUAAAAUACUCCCCCGAACAAAAUUUCUCACGAUUCAAACGAAAACGCGUUUCAAAGUCGAUAAAGAAUGGGUGCAAAAGCCAGCACAGUCGCACAGUCUGGGAACGGGCAAUCCUCGGGAGCCAACGAAAUGCAGGGGUUCUCAAUACUCCGUUCGUUGCCCGGGGUCAUACAGCAGAGUCAAUCACAGGCGUCGCGAGGCGACAGCAGACAAAGGGCCAGGUCGUUGAGUUCGGUACCAGAUUUAACCUCCGGGGAACAAGGGAUGGCUUCCUCGGUUGGCGUCAGCGUCGGCCAGGCGCUGGGGAUUCCUCAGCUCGACUCCGACGAUACGGACGACGACGGCGGGCGGGUUUACGCCGCUCAUAGUCUACCCUCCCACAUUUGGUCCCUAAACGGUUUAAAGUGUCCUGUAUGCUCCAAGUUCAUCCUUCCCGAUGAUAUAGAGUGCCACCUGGUCAUGUGCCUAACCAAACCUCGCCUAAACUAUAAUGAGGAUGUUUUGGCAGAUCAAAAAGGUGAAUGUGUCAUUUGCCUGGAGGAGUUACAGCCUGGAGAUGUAAUCGCCCGUUUGCCUUGCCUAUGCAUAUAUCAUAAAAACUGCAUCGACAGAUGGUUUCAAGUGAAUCGCAGCUGUCCCGAACAUCCCGGUGACUGAUUCGCACUGGUGAAGUUUGAGGUAAAAAAUCAUUGGAACAAUUUGUGGCCCUUGGGACACUUGCCAAAGGGACGAAGUGGAGCUGAUGCAAAUGAAGAAUUGAAAAGGAAGAAAUUAUAUAUAAAUAAAUAAUGAAUUAAAAAAACUAGUCAAGGUGACCGCUAGUCCGCAAUGGUGGUUCGUGUAUGGUGAAUGGUGAAUGGUGAUCGGUCGACUUAAGAAAGCGCAAUUGAAUUGAACAUAAGGACAAAAUAAUUGAAUUCUUAGUUGGUUAUUGAUAGACUAAAGGGACUUACAAAUCGCCAUAAGAUUCAACGAUACAAUGCUAUUACCUAUACGUAUCUAUAAUUAAUCGAUUAUUACUCUAUUGCUUAUUAUCCAUUGUACCAUAUUUAUAAAUUUUACUUAGUUUUAUCUCUUGAAAUCUAUUUGGAAUUAAGUAAAGCGUUCUUUGGCGAAGGCCGUGCAGCGGCCAGGGUGGUAAUAGAGGGAAAAGGGAGCAAGAUGAAGAUUAAAGGGAGGGAGACAGGACCUAUAUACAUAUAACAGGUGAGCACUACCUUAUAUAAAUAAGUUGAAAUCUGCUUUUAAUGAUUUUUAUUAAUGUAAGAUGAUAAAAUGUAUUGUUUUUUGUUGUUUGUUGAGGGAUGUGCACUAGAAAGGAUAUUUUUGAUACUUUCAUAAAGGGAAGAAGGAACAGGAUGUAUAGAAUUUUAAAAAGCAGAGGACUUAUCUUAACAAUGUUGACGCUAUAGCAAAAACGUAAUAAAGGGUCUGAUUCAA